AAACUAACCGAACACACCACCAUAUUGAGAUUCAUAACAAAUUCAAGCACAAAAAUUUCCUCAUCGCUCGUCACAUCCUUCCCCCAUUCCCAAUAAUUUCAUCUCUUCCUAAAAAUUCCAAAUCCAUCACUUUCUCAUCUUGUUAUCACCGUUAUUAUUUAUUACUCAUCAACACUAUUAUUCACAAUCUCAGAUUCACCAUUUUUCCAUCAUCAUGGGUACAGAAACAACAUCAAUGGACAUAACAGAACCAUUGAUACAACAAGAACAACAACAAAACAACAACGAAAAGAAGAAUGAAUUUCUAACCGAACCUGUUCCUGAAUGGAAAGAACAAAUAACAAUUAGAGGGUUAGUUGUGAGUGGUGUUUUGGGGUGUUUGUUUUGUAUCAUAACACAUAAAUUGAAUCUCACUGUUGGGAUUAUUCCUUCUCUUAACGUUGCUGCUGGUUUGCUUGGUUUCUUCUUUGUUAAAACAUGGACUGGUUUGUUGAUGAAGUUGGGGAUUGUUACUAAGCCUUUUACUAGACAGGAGAAUACUGUUAUUCAGACUUGUGUUGUUGCUUGCUAUGGUCUUUCCUUCAGUGGGGGGUUUGGUUCAUCCUUGCUUGCAAUGGAUCAAAGAACAUAUGAACUCAUUGGCCCGGAUUAUCCUGGUAAUAGAGCUGAAGAUGUUAAAAAUCCAGGCUUGGGAUGGAUGAUCGGUUUCAUGUUUGUUGUCAGUUUCCUUGGCCUUUUUAGUCUCGUGCCACUUCGUAAGGUUAUGGUCUUGGAUUAUAAGCUUACAUAUCCCAGUGGAACAGCCACAGCAAUGCUCAUUAACAGUUUCCAUACAAAAACGGGAGCAGAACUUGCAGGGAACCAAGUUCGACAACUUGGAAAGUAUUUAAGCAUAAGUUUCUUCUGGAGUUGCUUUAAGUGGUUUUUCAGUGGUAUUGGAGAUUCAUGUGGAUUUGACAAUUUCCCUAGCUUUGGUUUGACACUAUUUAAGAACACAUUCUACUUUGACUUCAGUCCAACUUAUGUUGGAUGUGGUCUUAUCUGUCCUCAUAUAGUCAAUUGCUCAGUUCUCCUUGGAGCUAUUGUAUCAUGGGGUUUCCUGUGGCCUUUCGUCUCAAAGCAUGCCGGGGACUGGUAUCCAGCUGACCUUGGUAACAAUGAUUUCAAAGGUCUUUAUGGAUACAAGGUAUUUAUAUCUAUUGCCCUUAUUUUAGGGGACGGUAUUUACAAUCUUGUGAAGAUUAUAAUGAUAACCGUUAGGGAGAUGUGGAGGACAAGAUCCAAACAGAACAGCCUUCCCGUUGUGGCUGAGGUUCUUGAUGGUGAUAAUUCUGAACUGCAUUUAGAAGAAAAGAAGAGGAAUGAAAUAUUUUUGAAGGACGGGAUACCGACCUGGAUUGCAGCCUCUGGAUAUGUGGGUUUGGCAGCGAUAUCCAUCACAGUAAUACCAAUUAUUUUCCCUCCUCUCAAAUGGUACUUGGUUCUGGGCUCUUACAUCCUUGCCCCUGCCUUAGCCUUUUGCAACUCAUACGGCACAGGGCUCACAGACUGGAGUUUGGCAUCCACGUACGGUAAAAUCGGUCUUUUCAUCAUUGCGGCAGCAGUUGGCACAAACGGUGGUGUAAUUGCCGGUGUAGCAUCUUGUGCUGUCAUGAUGUCCAUCGUUGCUACCGCAGCCGAUCUCAUGCAAGAUUUCAAGACCGGUUACCUAACCCUCUCAUCAGCCAAAUCCAUGUUUGUGAGUCAGUUGAUAGGAACAGCUAUGGGCUGUAUAAUUGCUCCCCUCACAUUCUGGAUGUUCUGGACUGCCUUCGAUAUAGGAUCACCUGAUGGCCCUUACAAAGCACCAUACGCCGUUAUAUUCAGGGAAAUGGCCAUUCUCGGUGUUGAGGGGUUCUCAGAGCUUCCAAAGUAUUGCAUGGAAAUGUGUGGCGGUUUCUUCGCUGCAGCAUUGGCUAUCAAUCUUUUAAGGGACGUGACUCCAAAGAAAUACUCGCAAUACAUUCCUAUUCCAAUGGCAAUGGCAGUUCCUUUCUACAUUGGUGCUUACUUUGCAGUCGAUAUGUUUAUCGGAACUGUAAUAUUGUUUGUGUGGGAACAAUUGAAUCGAAAAGAUGCAGAAGACUAUGCUGGAGCCGUUGCUUCUGGUUUGAUAUGUGGUGAUGGAAUAUGGACUAUUCCUUCAGCAGUUCUCUCUAUUUUGAGGAUUAAUCCACCAAUUUGCAUGUACUUCGGGCCUUCCGCAAGCAGCUGAGUUAGAGUUAGCACUCAACUUUCCUCGCCCAACACAGUUUCUGAAAUGUACUUCCGGGUCGAAAAAAUUGUGUUUUCUCAGAUAUGCACAUCCAAAGUAAAUUUAGGUGUGGAAAAAGUUACUUCAGCUGAGUUAAGCAUAUUUGAUGUUGUCUUUGAAACCUUAAUGUUAGUUGGUUUAUGUCUGUAAAUAUGCAUGGAUCUGGAUGUAAGAUCAAAAGGGAAUAUCUAUUAUUUAGUUUCAUUUAUUUACCUC